UCUUCUACUGUUUUCCAGCCGGUUGCUUUCAAAUGGUGCACAAGACUAACUUACCGGAUGUUGAUAGAUAGACACACGUUGCUGUUGAGAAUUGAAGGCAAAUUCUUAUCGAUGUAGCUUGUAGUCAUUUCAACAAAAUCUCAUAUUAUUAAAUCAGAAUGUCGGCGUCAUUGAUCAGGAGAGGAUUGGAGCUGCUGAGCCAUGAUAUUAAAGAUGUCAGUAAAGUGAAGAAGAAGAAGAAGCAACAGCAGACACUCAGCUCGGCCACGGUGAUGGAGCUUGUGAGCACAAAGCGGCAGGGAGUGACCAAGCAGGUCAAACGGCUGCAGGGUCGCCUAGGUCCCGGCAAGAGCAAAGCCACAGUCAAAGACAAGAGGAUCAAGUCUGCAGUGGAGGAGUUCAGGAAGAAGCAGAGGAAGAGCCAGAUGAGUGCCAACCUCAAGUACUUUAUGGAAACUGGCUACAAAGCAACAGAUUCGGACACUUUGAAGAUCCUGAGCCACAAUUCAGGGAGACAGUCCAGGAAUCGUCCAGACCGACCCGCCAAGAAGGCCAAGGAGCCGCAGUCUUUGUUCACAGAAGAGGAGUUCCAGCAGUUCCAGAAGGAAUACUUUGGCAGGACUGUCGAAGAGAAGAAAUAAAGCGCACCGAAGCACGAAGACACUGCAGCCACAGUGGAAACACCAGAGCUGCGUUUUGUGGAUCAAAGUGGAUUUCUGGACCAGAUUAUGUUCUGGAAGUUGGUUCCACUUUACAUGUGUCAACAAUGGCACAAGAAAACUUUGAGGAGAAAUGUUUUUAUGAGUUGAAUCUGUACUGGUGUUAUGACUGCAGACACAUACUGUCACAUACAGAGAACAUGUGAGACAAGAGUUUCACUGCAGAAUGUGUUCAUUCUGAAAAUACUGUAGCUUGAACUUCUCUACUUCAUUCAUUCAUUAAUGUUUCAGAACUUCCCAUCUGAAGAUGACUCAUAACUAAUAGUCACUUGUCAGUUUACAAGGGAAAGUGCAGCUUAUUCAAAUGCUCUAAACCUAAUAUUGUAGUGAAGCCGUUCAUAUCUGUCAUAUUACAUAUGACACAUAUUACACAUGUCAAGUAAAGAUUCAGACACCAUACAAGUUUUUUUUUCUUAUUAUUUUUUUUAUUGAAAUUGUUAAACGUCUUCUCCAUAAUUAGAGUUAACUGAUGUUCUGAUUCUUGUUUAUAUUGUUCAGGUGGUCUCCUCCAGUCACAGCAAAUCAGGAUAGUCCAGUUUGUACUCAAAUUAAUUUAAUUUAUUAAGACAUUUUUAAUUAUUGAGCAGAAAUUCUAAGAAAGUUUUCAAUAUCAAUACUCACAGGUUGACUUUGUUAUUUUCAUUCAGGCUGUAACUGCAAUAAAUCUACAUGCACAAAUAAUUUCAAAAUGCAUGGCUUUGUUUGAGUUUAGCCAUGAUCACAGCUUACUAGACUCUUUUCAAGAAAACAGGUCUAACUAUUAAAUCAACACGAACACAGCUGCUGUUGGCAUUGCAAUAACGCAAAGUUGCAACGCACAGCUUUAACAGUUUAGAAAUAGUGAAUGAUAAAGUCUCAGAUGCUUUUUAACUUAAAUUCCCAUUCAUUUGUCAUAUCAGUUGAUGCUCUCACUGUACAUCAUAUCAUGUACGGAUGAGCACUUGCACAUUCACUGUGUGAUGGUGUGCGUGCCAUGUGGCCACCAGCAGGACAUGGAGCUGACUUUAGAGAAUAUUUUACAUUCCAGCAGUUGCAGAACUUUUAAUGGGUGUGUAAACAAGAAGAAUGCAGGUGCAGUAAUGUCAUUUUCACAUCUAAUCUGUUAAGAUCAGCAUUCAUAAGUUGAUUGUGAGUCACAGUGAGUGCAGCAAAAGAGAGUGAUCAUUGCACAAUGUCACGGGUAAGAAAUAAUUACAUUGUUCAUUUUAUAUUAUUAAGUAUUAAGUUGCAUUACUAUUUAACCAAAUGCUGCUGAACAAAUUCAUUUGAAUGAAUUCACAUUUAAAGAGUAGUUUUGCCUAUUUCUGCUUUGUGGUAUGUAGCUGUAGUGCAUAUUUGUUCUUUAAGAUUUUCAGAUGUUUGCUGCCAUCCCAGCAUGGUGCAGGUAAAUGGCAAUCAAUCAGUGAUGCUAAAUGAAAUUUUAAAAAUUCUGCAGCAACAUAUCUUUCCAGAAACAGUGUCCUGGUUACUCUGAAGAAUCCACAGAACGUACUGUAAACUGUUUUCUUUGGAAGUACUUUCUACCAAAUAAAUACUGGUCCCCGA